AUGGGGAAACCGGACUCACUCUCACGAAUCUACUCACCCUCUAGUCCCCAGGAUACAGAUCCCAUCAUUCCCUCCACCUGUGUGGUGGGGGCAGCAUCGUGGGAGAUCGAGUCAGUGGUCAAGGAGGCCCAAGAGGUUGUCCCAGAUCCUGGCGGAGGUCCUCCUGCUCGUUUGUUCGUCCCACCUGCAGUCCGGAGCAAAGCUUCCCAUCGUCGUCCUGCUGGUCUGCUGCGUCCUUUACCUAUUCCCAGUCGCCGUUGGUCACAUAUUGCCGUGGAUUUCGUCACCGGGUUACCCCCAUCCGAAGGAUCUGGAAGCAGCACUACGCGACCGCUCAUCACCCUGUCUCCUGGAGCUCUUUCCUGCCCUGGAUUGACCCAGGAGGAGGAGGUGGCAGUCUCUUCAGUAGACGAGCAUCCUCGGAGGAUUCGGGAGGUUUGGAGUAAUGUGAAGGCGGCACUCACUCGCUCUGCCGAGAACAACAAACGGCUGGCAGACCGACAUCGCUCCCCCGCCCCUGAGUAUGAGGUCGGCCAGAAGGUGUGGCUAUCUUCCCGGGACCUUCCACUUCAAACGGAGUCACGUAAGCUGGCGUCCCGUUAUGUGGGGCCUUUCACCAUCUCGAGAAUAAUUAACGCUUCCUCUGUCAGUCUAAUCCUCCCUGAUUCGAUGAAGAUACAUCCCACUUUCCAUGUUUCCCUCCUUAAGCCUGUCUCCACCAGUGACCUCAGCCCUCCGGCCAUUCCCCCUCCGCCCCCCCGGCUCAUCGAUGAUCACCCCGCUUAUACGGUCUCCAGGAUACUGGACGUCAGGCCCCGAGGGCGAGGUUUCCAGUACCUGGUGGAUUGGGAGGGAUACGCUCCUGAGGAGCGCUCCUGGAUCUCCCGCAGUUUGAUCCUGGACCCGACGCUCCUCCGGGAUUUCUAUGAGGCUAACCCUGGCAAACCCGGUAGAACGCCAGGAGGCGUUCGCUGAGAGGGGGGUACUGUGGUGAUUAUGAUUUUUUUGGGCCUUUAUUUAGUGUUGUAUAUUUUGAUCCUGGGUGCUGGCUGGCGCUGCUGUGUUUUCAGGCUGGGCGGGGCGACCAAGAGGAGUGCUCUCACUACCCGCACCUGUGGCCAAUCAGCAAUCUGACACGAAUUAUAGCCCGCUGUCUCCCAGGCCUCCUCGUCGGAUCAUUACUUCUCAUCGACGCGACUCUACGCCACACACCAGCACGCUUACGCAGCCUUCGCUCCGGAUCCUGCACUCGCGACCUUCUCCUCACGAGCCCCUUAAGAAAUAAAGAUUUUUGUUUGUUGACCACAA